GGCAAACAAACAUGAUUUCUUCAAAUGAAUAAGAUAUUAGAUUUUGACCUUGAUCUAAGUAAUAACCCAUUAUGCACAUUUCUGAAUUUCAGAGGAAAUGAAAAUAUUUAGAAGUCUGAGAAGGAAAUGCUUUGAGACUGACGAUGUAAAUGUCGGCGAUUUGGUGGUUAAGACCAGACAGAAACAUCGUCUAAUGGCAGUUAUAUUCGAGGAAAUAAAUAAUCUGGUCGUCCUAAAUAAAAAGUCGACAGAUUCAAUAAGUGAAGUGUUAAAAUCACUUCUUCAUUAUCUCAAUUCCAAUACAACAGGUAGUAUAAUAUUUCCUUUAAUACAUGAUUUAGAAAAUGCUCAUUUCGAAUUAACGGACACAUUGAAUAAACUAUUACCAGAGCCUAUUAUAAAACAAAUGGUAAAAUAUAAACAUUUAGAGCCCCAAUUAAAACAACUGGAAUCUACAGCACAUCGUGUACAUCGACAUAAGCGUAAUCUUAAUCAAAGUUAUAGCCGGAGCCGAAGUACAGUUAAAAAGGAGAAAGCGCAUAUUAAUUACAGGACAUCUUCAAUGAAUUAUGACUAUUUAACUAAUUGUUUAAUGGAUAAAAUGAAUACAGUUGAAAAUGAAGGUACAAUGGCUUGCUGUGAUGCAUUGUUUGUCCUUGUGUCGACGUAUAAACAAUUCAGUGAUCGAAUAUACUCUGUAUUAAAUUAUUUGUUUGAAGAAGUCAACAAACUACACGAAUGUGCUGCAAGAGAAUUGAAUAUGUCUUAUGCUAAAUCACUAAAAAAUAUAGAAAAUGCAACUCAAGCAACUAAAUGGAAAGCAUCAAGUAUAAUGAGUUCUCAAGAUCGUGAAGGUUCCAUAUGCAGAAGUUCAUCAAGAGGACGAAUAAUGUCCAGCAAUUUCGAUUCAAGUGAUCGUCCAGCCACAGAAAACACUGAACAUGAUCCACUUUCAGUGACUGAACUUAACAGUGAAUUAUUGGGGAUAAUAACACGUCAGAAAUCAUCUGACGAAACAAUCGGUUCAAACCAUUCUUAUCAUUGUUUGAACAAAAAAUCAUCAUCAAACUCAUCAUCACUAACAUUACCGCUACCACCACCACCAUCCCUUCAACCGCCAUCAUCAAAAGCAUACAUAAAGACAAUGGUGACAAAUACAACAAAUGAAUCGCAGUCUAAAGAAUCUCUGUCGCAGAAAGAUACAAACGGAGCAUUGUGUAAGAUAUCCUCUUCACGGUUAUCACAAUCAUCAACCUCACUGUCGACAACAAAGUCAAAUGAAAUCAUAGAUUCAAAUGAUCACGAAAAUUCUAAUGAUACGACUACUUUAAACUCUGUUAGUAUUCAAAUGACAAAAGUUGAUGAUACUGACAAUCCUGGUAUGAAAAGUAACAAUGGUGAUGAUUUUAACAGUGAUAAAACUAAUAACGAUAAUAGUGGUAAUAAGGAAAAGUGUACAUUGACAAACAACCUGUUGUUCAAUUCAACUUCAUCAGCAUCGACUUAUUCCAUUUGUCAAUUUCCGUAUUAUUCCAAUCAAAAAUCCCAUCAUUACAAUCAAAACUAUCCCUAUGAUAUUAAAUCACCAACCGUUUCGACAAUUUACUCAAUAAGAAAUAAUAAUCCCAGUAGUAGCAUACUUACUGAAAAAACCGAAACAUUACUACCGAUUAUGAAAUCAUCAAAUGUGUGUAAUCUGAAUUAUGCUACUGAAAAGUCACUAAGUAGCAUGCUUUAUUUAAAUAAAAAUAACAUGAACCCAUUGAGUGAUAGUUGUCCUUAUGACAAUAACAAUGAAAUUAGUUGUAUACCAAUAAUUGUUCAAAAAAAUUCAUGGUCAAACACUUCUCCCAUUAAUAAUAAUGAUAAUAACAAAAACAGCAACAGUAGUAAUAAUAGUACUCGUGAAUUUGGUUCGGAUGCUAUUAAUAGCAAUGAUAAUCACAGGUCUCUAUAUCGAGAAUCAUUAUUAAAUGAUAAUGAAGUUAGAUCACCAAAACAAAAUAUUAUAUCUUGGGGUUGUUUACCGUCACCAAUAACUGAGGAAGAGGAUGAGUGAAUCAGAAAGAAAAAAAAAGAAGGUAAAAUAUUUACCUAAUUUGAAUAUUAGAUAACUGUCCAUUAUUUAAAUAGAUAGUCAUGAAUUAUGUCGAUGAAAAGAGAAAAAACAAAACUUCUAUUUUGUCAUCAUAAUUGGUUCAAUGGAAUGUAAUUGAAAGUAAAAUGUUAUUACAUAAUCAUAUAUUACUUUAAUCAGAUAUCAGUAGAAUAAUGACUGAUUGAUUGACUACCUAUCAGUAGUUUAUAUUAUAUUGACAUGAGUUUUGCCGUUUACUUUGCUUUCAAGUAUUUUCAGAAUCAUUGAUUUCUCUUAUUUUUUUUGGAAUAAACAUUAACGUUAACUUUUUUUAAACAUUUAAUUAAUUGAAUAGGCUUUUGCAUAAUAAUUUGGACAUUAAUCUUACAG